ACAUUUCAUCAACUUCAAAAAUUUAGUCUGCAGUUCCAAGACAGAAAUGGCUGAGCAUUUACAGAGAAAUCACGGUGUCGUUUUUAAAUCGGCGGUGGCUCUGUUGGUAUGUGUUCUGUGCUUGAUUAUUGAGGUUCCAGUUGUGGAGGGUAGAAUUAGGCAUUACAAAUGGGAGCUCAAGUACGAGUACAAGUCCCCUGACUGCUUCAAGAAACUGGUUAUAACCGUCAAUGGCAUAAGUCCUGGGCCGACCAUACAUGCCCAGCAGGGCGACACAAUCAUCGUUGAGGUUACUAACAGUCUCGGGACAGAAAAUACCGCCAUACAUUGGCACGGAAUCCGACAGAUUGGAACACCGUGGUAUGAUGGAACCGAAGGGGUGACUCAGUGUCCAAUACUGCCUGGAGAUACCUUCAAGUAUCAGUUUGUGGUUGAUAGGCCUGGGACAUACCUGUACCAUGCCCAUUACGGAAUGCAAAGAGAAGCUGGCAUAUACGGUUCAAUCCGCGUAGCACUUCGAGAUGGACAAUCCGAGCCCUUUGCUUACAAUUAUGAUCGAAGCAUCAUACUCAAUGACUGGUACCACAAAACCACUUACGAACAUGCCGUUGGGCUGUCCGCGCCCAUCCAUAAGUUUGCCUUUGUUGGGGAACCUCAGUCGCUUCUGAUACAAGGUAAAGGAAGAUUCAACUGCUCUUCUCUGACUACUCCAAGCUUAGAUCCCGGUGUUUGUAACGCAAGCAACCCCGAAUGCUCUCCUUAUGCAAUGACAACGGUCCCCGGCAAAACUUAUCGACUCAGAAUUGCUAGCUUGACUGCUCUAUCAGCCCUCAGUUUCCAAAUAGAGGGCCAUAACAUGACGGUGGUGGAAGCGGACGGGCAUAACGUUGAGCCAUUCACCGUAAAGAACCUCUUCAUAUAUUCCGGUGAGACAUACUCUGUGCUAGUAAAAGCAGACCAAGACCCUUCAAGAAACUAUUGGAUCACAACCAAUGUGGUUAGCCGCAAUGCCACCACGCCACCAGGUUUGGGCAUUUUCAAUUACUAUCCAAACCAUCCUCGGAGGUCUCCUCCAUCCGUACCACCAGCAGGCCCUGCUUGGAACAACAUUCGCGCUCGACUGGAUCAAAGUCUUGCCAUUAAGGCACGCCAAGGCUUCAUCCACACGCCUCCUGCAACUUCAGACAGAGUGAUUGUGCUUCUCAACACACAAAACACCGUCAACGGCGUUGUCCGGUGGUCGGUGAACAAUGUGUCCUUCAAUCACCCUCACGCGCCUUAUCUGAUUGCCCUCAAAGAGAAUUUGACCGACGCAUUUGAUCAAACACCUCCACCCGAUGGGUAUGACUUUGUAAAUUACGACAUUUACAAAGUACAAAACAACACAAAUGGAACCACAAGCAAUGGAAUUUACAGGCUCAAGUUCAAUACAACAGUGGACAUAAUACUGCAAAAUGCAAACACCAGGAACGCAAACAACAGCGAGACGCAUCCAUGGCAUCUUCACGGGCACGAUUUUUGGGUGCUCGGACACGGAGAGGGAAAGUUUGACAUGUUCAAUGACCCAAAAAAGUACAAUUUGGUGAAUCCAAUCAUGAAGAACACGGUGCCGGUUCAUCUUUACGGAUGGACAGCAUUGAGGUUCAAGGCAGACAAUCCAGGGGCGUGGGCGUUUCAUUGCCACAUAGAGUCUCAUUUCUACAUGGGAAUGGGUGUGGUGUUUGAAUCAGGCAUAGAUAAGGUGGGAAAAUUGCCUUCCUCCAUUAUGGGCUGUGGUCAAACCAGAGGAGUCCACAGGCCAUAGUCAAUAGAACAUUUGAUUUGGGUGAUCCGGUAAAUAUCACAAACAAAGAGGUUAUAAUGAAAGGAGGAGAAAAUUAAGAAACAAGUAUACAUUUUUAUUGUAAAAAUCCAGCUUAGGGUUGAAAUGUCCCAAAAUUUUUAACUGUAUUGUAUUUGUACCUAUAUGUAAAUCUUUACUAAGUAACUAGCUUAUUUUGAAAGGAAAUGAUUUCUGAAC